GCUCCGGCUGCAGGUUCCCCUCACCGCCUCAGUCUGUCAGGGAUGCACUGCCGGCUGGUGCCAACCUGAGCCGAGCGCUUGCCCAGUCUUCCGUCAUCUUAGUCAUUAUGCGGUGGGGCAAGGUGGCGCUGAAGUGAGGGGGAAGAGGAAGGCGGCUCGGAGAACGGGGGUGGUGGCGGACGCAGCAUAUAUUGCCAUCUACCUCGCGGCGCGAUGAAGAAGUUUUUUGAUGCCCGGAGGGAGGGCGCGGCCGCGGUGGCGGCAGGAGCUGGGAGCCAGUCCGGAAACGCCGGCGGGUGGUCGUCCUUCCAGGGGAAGGUGUGCACGGUGGGCCGCUACCAGGUCACGGUGGAAGAGCUGAUAGCGGAAGGUGGAUUUGCUGUUGUAUUUUUAUCGAAGAUGUCCAGUGGUGUAAGAUGUGCUCUGAAACGAAUGUAUGUAAACAGUGAACAUGACCUUCAAGUUUGUAAGCAAGAAAUAGCCAUUAUGAAAGAUCUUUGUGGGCAUAAAAAUAUUGUUAACUACCUUGACUCCAGUAUUACUUCGAUGAAUGUUAGUGAUGUAUGGGAGGUCCUUAUUCUAAUGGAAUACUGCAGAGGUGGUCAGGUUGUUAAUUUGAUGAACCAACGGUUGCAUUCUGGCUUCAGUGAAGCUGAAGUGCUGCAAAUAUUCUGUGACACUUGUGAAGCGGUGGCCAGGCUACAUCAAAGCAAACCUGCAAUCAUUCAUAGAGAUCUUAAGGUUGAAAACCUUUUACUUCACAAUAGUGGAAACUAUGUCCUCUGUGAUUUUGGAAGUGCUACAAACAAAUUUAUAUGUCCUCAGAUUGAAAGGGUUGAUGUAGUUGAGGAGGAAAUAAAAAAAUACACAACACUGUCAUACAGAGCACCAGAAAUGGUUAACCUUUACAGUGGAAAGUCUAUUACAACUAAAGCUGACGUAUGGGCACUUGGAUGUUUACUUUACAAACUUUGCUUCUUCACUUUACCAUUUGGAGAAAGCCAAGUAGCCAUCUGUGAUGGAAGUUUUACAAUUCCAGAUAAUUCUAGGUACUCUGAUGAACUACACAGUUUAAUACGAUACAUGCUUGAGGCUGACCCUGACAAAAGACCUGAUAUUUAUCAGGUUUCUUUCUUUGCAUUUAAGCUGGCAAAGAAAGUGUGUCCUGUUAAGAAUGUCAAUAAUGUUCAGAUUCCUGUGAAAAUGCCAGUGCCAGUAAAAGCUAGUGAAGUUGCUGUUAAAAAGUCUCAAACACGAGCAAGACUUACAGAUCCAAUACCAACUACAGAGACUUCGAUAGCACCUCGCCAGAGGCCUAAAGCAGGUCAGCCAACUUCUGCUUCAAGUGUUCUGACAUUUCAACCUGCUGUGACUCCAAGGAAAAGAUCUACCACACAGUUAGUUUCACAGACAACAACCUCACAGUUGGUCUCACAGCCAGUAACCACACAAAUGGUUUCACACCCAGCAGGAACCACAGCUGCAAGUAAUGGGCACAUUGGUCAGUUACAUGGUCAGCAAGCACAAAUCCCACCAGCAUAUCCGCAGCAUCUGCAACUGAAACCACAGGCACAUCCGUUACUUCAACAGCAGUGUUUGCUGCACCAACAACAAGCCUAUUUACAGCAGCAGCAAAUGCUUCAGACGGCGCAGCGAUACCAAAUGAUCCAGCAAGCUCAGCAGCAGAUGAUGCAGAAUUACUACCUACAGCAACAGUACACAACAGUCAUGCAACAGCAAGCGGCUUUGCGGCAGAUGAUGGCACAAGGAUGCAUUCAGCAACAGGUGAUCCUGCAGCAACACCCACAAGCUCUUACACACAUGCAGGAAAAGACUGAAGUUCCCCAAGCUCCACUUCCGUCCCAGCAGACAGCCAAACUGUUGUCACUGACGCCGCCAUCUUCACCGAAAGUACGAGCUGGUCAUAGGAGAAUUGUCAGUGAUGUUCCUUUCAGCAGUGUUUUUGGAGUGCCUGCCAGUCAUUCCUCUCAACAACUGGCAGCAGCUGCUGCUGAGGCAAAUCUUUAUAAAUCUAAAUCAGCCUCAACAAGUCCUGCAGUUUCCCCCAAAACAUCACAGCAAAAUAUUUAUAAUCCACCAGAUAUUUCCACAUGGAAUCCAUUUGGAGAUGACAAUUUUUCCAAGUUAACAGCAGAGGAACUUCUCAAUAAGGAAUUUGCUGAACUACGAAAAGAUAAAGAUGCAGAACAGAAGAAAGUACCAGCUGAAAAUAUAGCUCAAGGGUUUCCUUCUGGCAUGACUCUACCCCAGACAGAUAUUUUUGGAGCAUCACCUUUCACAUCAGGGACAGAAGCUAAAAUAUCAAUGGACACAUUAGAAUCUAGUUCAUCGGCAACUAUUUCUGAUUCUUUAAUACAUGGGCCACUAUCUGACUUCCCAGUUGACCUCCUGAUUUGUUUGGGAAAUGAUAACUCUGGGCGUAAUUCAGUUUCAAAUCCCAGAAUUCUUCCUGCUUCAGCUGACAGCACUGACCCUUUAACCCCUGCUAUGUCUUCUAAUCUGACUGGCUGUGGCAGUAUUGUCUCAAUGAAACAUACAAAGCAAAACAUUCCACCUGUUGUAGGAGGCAUGGCACAGGAUAAAACUGAACUGAGCUGUGGUGAAAUGGUCCAUUUUAUAGGACGUUGUUUAUCAACAUCCCUUAUUGAGGAGCAUUCAGGUGACCUUGCUCCUUCGACUGAGAUAAACAAGUUUGAAGAUUGUGAAGAUGCCAGACCUAUACUCACAGACAAACUAGAUUCUAAUCUAGUUGUAAAAAGUUAUGCAAAUCUACCUGAGUGGCAAGGAGAGGAUGCCACCCACGAUAUUUCUGUAGUUAAUAACAAAUUGUGUAAAAUGGGAUUAUCCGAUUCUAUUUCCAACAUUCAAGUAGCUGAAGAUUUCCAAAAUUCCACUCUGGAUUUAUUGGAAACCAAGACUCAUCCUUUUACGUCACCUGAUUUACCGGCUGUAACAUACAAUGGAGCUGAUAACGAAGAAACAGAUAUAUUUAAAAAUGCCCCAUUUACAUUUAAGGUAAAUUUUGAUGGUGAUCUCCAGCUUUCCACAAAUCCACCCUCUGGAAGUAAAGUAGCAUUAGCUCAGCUUGAUCCACACAUGCAACCCACUGAUUCUGUACAAACAGAUACAUUUGGCCACAUCCCAUCAGAAAAGACUCCUGUUUCAAGAAGGUCCUCCGCAGAAACCUGCCACUUGAAAUUGAAUGAAACUGAUUCGAGCAAAAAUGUGCAGUCAUUUGUGAGAAGAAUGACUUGUGCUUUAAGCAAAGCAGAACAGAACAGGGAUCAGAAAAAACUGUCAGAGGAUUACAAAGUAGAAACCCUGUGUCAUUUAGGGAAUCCUACACAUCAGUUGUUCUUAAAACCUUCUGAGUUAAAUCCUUUUCAUCAAUACUACUAUUCUGAAAACUCGAAUUACAAUGCCAAAGUACACACAGCCAGACAAAAUUGGACCUUGGGGAAACUGCAGACUGAUGGACUGUCCAAUGCACACCACCUUGCACCUUCAAGUUCACCACACCAGACAGAUGAUGAUCCAUUUUCUGCGGCACCUUUCCCAAUGAAAGGAUCAUAUAGGAAUUCAAACAAAUGCCUCAAAGAAUAA